AAGAAACAGAAAGGAAGCUCGAAGAACCACUGCUGGUGCCAUAAUUUCGACUGAUUCUAUUUCUACUUUUUCGAUAGGACGAGAACAAGAAGACGCACCCUGGGGCUCCACCGAGAGAGUGUUUUUCCUGCAUUGAUUCUAGGCUUAGAAGUCGGUACCUGAUCCUAAGAAGAUGUUGUUCGCUCGACUUGCUCUUUCAUCUCUCGUCGUUGCGCCCUUGACGGUGUCUGCUGGAACCAAUGAAGUUGGUAAGAAGUUCAUGGAGGAAAAUGCCAAAAAACUUGGAGUUGUAACUUUGCCGAGUGGUCUACAGUACAAGGUGCUGCGUGAAGGUAAGGGAAGGCUCGCCCCGAAGAAAGAUACGCCUUGUGAAUGCCACUAUGCAGGCACCACCCCGACGCUGACUCCGGAUGCGAUCGAUAAUUAUGGCUGCUCCUGAUGAAAAUACUUAACUUGUAGCUAGCAAGAGCAUGGCUUUAUGGUAGAUUUUCAGAUGCUUUCUUGAUCGACAUGUUGAAUGAAUUUUGCCCGUGAAGAUGAUAGAUUAAGAUCGUCAUGUAGUCUACUCUCUCUUCAUUUUUGAGACGAAAAGGACUGGGAUGAGUUCGACUCGAGUUACAAACGUGGAGAGCCGACCACCUUCGCGCCGAGUCAGGUCAUUGCUGGCUGGACUGAGGCUAUGCAGCUGAUGAAAGAAGGGGACAAAUGGGAAAUGUACAUCCCGUCGGAGUUAUGAUUCUGAUCUUCAUUCUCAUAGACAAUAGUUAUAGUCCCCUCCUGACAACCACAACCACCAGGUGUAUAUCUCCUCGUGACAAUCACGUAGUUGUUUCUUCUGUUGCACAUUGGAAAAGCAAAUUUUGUUCUGAUUUUUUCCCGAUUUUACUGCUGUCAAACUUACGACUUCAACGUGCACGAUGAUGAACGUAAGGAGUUUCGAUUGAACGAAAGCUCAUGCUGGAUAGAUUACUUUCUGUUUCUCCCCUCGUUUUCAUGCUCCCUCGGCUACGGUGACAACGGCAGUGGUGCGAAGAUCAAGGGUGGUGACGUAUUGAUCUUUCGCAUGGAGAUCCUGAAAAUCAAUGGGCCCACCAAGCGCCUUGUUACCUGCGACUACCCGACUGGAAAAAACUGUGACGCAGAUGAGAAGAUGACCUGGAAAAUUAUGAUGAAGCAAUACUCCUACUUCUCCUUCUCCUUGUUUUGUCUCGUAAACACUAGAUGAACACGAACGAAGUGAUAAAGGAUUUUCGCAACUGUAUGUUAUGAUGGACGAUGAAGUGAUGCUGUGGUCAUCUUCUGUACAACGGUUCUGUGGUUGUAUCGUGAAUCUGAUGUCAACCUCUAAUGCCCCCUAUUCCGACACUCCGAUUGAAGUUCUGCAGACCGAGAUUGAUAUCAUGAGCGGAAAGACGAAGCAGACUAUGAAGAAGGGUAUGCGUGAGCCCAUCAUGCGCGAAGUCAAACUGCUGAAGGGCGUCAUGAAGGCGAAGAAGAAACUCGCGAAGGCGCAGAAGGCAGCGGCGAGUAAGGACGCGGAUCUCUAAGAACGUGCUCCCUAGUCAUGAUGAAAAGAAGUAUAGAAAGACUUGGAAGAUGAACAUGUUCUUGUCAUGAUAGGUGUAGUUGAGGUCGUCUCGCUCGUUGGGAAGUCCACCUCUUCUAUGUAUACCUCAAAUAUUUUUUUUACCCAGGAUGAUUUUUGACGUACUCGAUGUGGAGGCAUUGUCUUUUCUUCUAGUUCGUCCAAACAUCAGGGAAGAUCUAAGUACAACUACCUCCUUUUUUAUUCAUCGGAUUGAAAAAUUGAAAUUUCGAGCAUCUUUCUCCAAAGAUAAAAAAGGACUAAAUACUGCGUCAAUUAUGGAGAAGUAUUUAUCCAAGAUGCACAUGAUGAAAAAGUUUAGGUUCGUUACUCAUACUCAUUACUCGUGGUGAUCUUAAAUGAUACAAGAACAGACGCGUUCUGUAUCCUUUCAGAUGAAUUAAUCUUCAUUCCUACCUCUACGAAAAGACCGCAUAAGAAUCUUACUCGCACGUUCGUUUUGAUGAAUAAAAGAUCAUUGCGUCACGGGGCCCAGGAACAUAUGUGGACUAAAGGGUCGAAGAACGCCGAGAAUAGUUGCCACCACCUUUCGCUUUCGGUUGGUUUCAAUUUUUGGUUGUGAGCACUUGCACGAAUGUCUCGUCUCCUUCACCUUGUCCUUAUAUUAUACGUACAAGUAGAAGUAGUUGUAGGCCGCAGCUUGCUGUUCCUGCUCCGACGAGUGUUGCACCCUCAACACGACACCCCAAAAACUACCUUCCUAAUCUCAAAAACCUUCCCAACACGUAAAGCAGAUUUACUUUGAACUUUCGGGUCUCGACCACUCACAUCUAUCCAUGUGACAAUGGUCUCAGCCUUUGCUUGUGGAGUCUAAUAAACG